UAGCUCAGCCACCAAACAGAUUUCACAGGCUGUGGCCACUUCAAAUGAAAUCAGAACAAAGCCAUGAUCAUGUAGUGAGGGAGGCCUAUGUAAUGUCACAGGAUUACAUCAGGUAUGUGACUGGAAGGACAUCAAAACCAGCUCCCAGCAAGGCUUCAGCAGCCCUGAGACAUGCAGGUGAUGAUCUCCUGGAGAAAUAUCCCAUCUUCUUUAAGCGAUGGCCCCGGAUUUUCAGGGAAGUUUGUUCUGAUGACGCCUGCGAUUACUUAUUCAAGUUGUUGGAUGAGCAUUUCCAACCAGAGAAACCUUGGCAAAAGAAGGAGCUGACCUGGAGUGGGAUACUUUCCAUUUAUGUCCUGGCAGGGCAGCUGGCCAAACACUGCCAGGCGAAUGGCAUGGAGUCUGUGCUCGAGGAGCUGGAAUUCAAUGUGGGUCAGUAUGUGGAGAGAAAAGUGUGUCCACAUAUUAAAGAAAAGGGAGGAUGGUCUGGUUUCAUAGAGCGUUUUGCUAAGAAGGAAGAGCCUGAACAUACUGUCUUCCGAGCUUGCUGUGGAACGUUACUCCUGCUGGGUGCCAUGUCCCUGGCUUACUACAUUUACAGGCGAAGGUUAUGCUGAUGGGAUUGACGACAGACAUUUUGAGACAUUGACCAUCAGUGUGUUUCACGUCAUUCUCUAUACCAGAUCAGAUCAACUAAUUUUAAUUCCUGCUGCCUGGAAUGAGCUGUUGCUGCAAAAUAGACAAGUACUUUCACAAGUGACCACUGGAUAAUUUGCACCACUGCAUUUAUGAAAUUCGUUAAUUGGAUAAAUUCUGUGCUUAAUCAUAAGAGGUCAUUUUAGUCUUUUUUAAAAACCUGCUUCUCUAACUAUCUUGUGUGAUAACAGUGUUUCACAUUCUCAAUAAUGACUACCUUGCAAAUGUACUUCUUUGGCUGGAAGACACAUUAUGGUAAUGAAAUACAUUGAUAUAAAUGCAUAUAUUUUUGUAUUAAUUUGAUUUAACAACACAAAACUCACUCCAGAUACAUCUAAUGUGUUAUCACACAUUUAUUUAUGUAAGAUUUUAGUGGAGUGAAUCCUUAUGCUAUCAGGGCUGUAACAGAUAAAAAGGAAUACAUGAACCUUGAAAAUCUUAUACUAUAUAUGCUGGCAUCUGAAAGAAUAAGGACAUUUUACCAAUGCAGGAUUCCAAUAAAAACAUAAUACUGU